AGUUUGGUCAGUGCAUUGCUUAAAGAUUAAGUUUGAAACAUAUAGGAAGUUAAUCAUCAUGAUCGCAAACAAUAUAAUCUUAAUUCUCACGUGCGUUAAAAUUGUCUUGUUGAUGGUCAAAUCUGAAUCAAGCUAUAUCUGCACCACAUUGAUCAAAGGCCUAAAAAUAAUUGUCUACACACUGAUAAUGAUGCAUUGAGAUUUUAAAAAGACCUGUGAAAACGAAACUGUAGAUAUGGUUUGAUGUAAUCUCUGAACAUUUAAAUGCAAACGUUACUUUGGUUAUUGCUAUCAUAUCCAAAUCACCAAAUUAUUCCUCACGUCUGGCAACGUAAAGAAAGACAUUAAUUUUCUGUCAUGGUCUUUUUAAAAGAUAGGUAUUUUUGUGUAGAAAUCGUGGCCGCAGAAUGGAAACAACAGAACUCAAAUUUCAGAAAAACAGCAGGAACCAAGUAUGAAGAUCUGGCGCGAGGGGACCAAAUAUGCGGUUGCACAAUGGAUAGCAGCAUGGACAGCACAAGAAGUGUGAGAAGAACUAAAGAGGAGAAAAAACUGCUUCGAAGGCAGAUUAAAGCCAGUCACACAUUAUUGAAACACGAGGGCAUAAGCACAGCGUCACAUCCCACAAAGCAUCUGGUGGUGUCUAAUGGAGGUUUGGGGAAUGGAGUGAGCAGAGAGUCACUGCUGGAGGUUCUUAAAGAGGGGGGUACUGUCGAGUCUCUCCUCACCCCUCCAGCGAAACCAUACGCGUUUGUAACGUAUUCUUCAACCGAAGCAGGCCAGAACGCAUAUACACUCCUCAAUGGACGAGUGCUGCAGUGUCACGAUCAAAGCGUGGCGCUUUAUUUCAGCUAUGUUGAGAAAGUGGACAGUGACAGGAGCGUGUCCAGUGCUUUGCCUCCUGGUCUGUCUGUGUUGGAGGAUUUUGUGUCUCCAGAGGAGGAGCUGCAGCUGCUUCAGGCUGUUGAUUGGACGCCACAUACUGAUGAUGUCACAGUGCAGAAAGCUUUGAAACACAGAAGAGUGAAGCAUUAUGGGUAUGAGUUUCGGUACGAUAAUAACAACGUUGACAAAGACAAGCCCUUACCAGGUGGCCUGCCGGCAGAAUGUGAUGCUUUAUUACAAAGAUGUUUGGCUGAUGGCCACAUAAGUGUCCUUCCAGACCAGCUCACUGUAAACCAAUACCAAAGUGGACAAGGGAUUCCCCCUCAUGUGGACACUCACUCUGCUUUUGAGGAUCCCAUCCUUUCCUUGAGUCUCGGAGCAAAGACAGUAAUGGACUUUAAACAUCCUGACGGUCGUUCUGUCGCUGUGGUGCUGCCAGAGCGGAGUCUGCUAGUAAUGAAAGGAGAGAGCCGUUAUCUGUGGACUCACGGCAUAACGCCUCGGAAAUUUGAUGUGGUACCGGUGUCAGAGGUUGAAGGGUCAGGGGUCAUGACCUCUGACUUGAGUAAUCUGACCCUGAGCCGUCGUGGUACCAGGACAUCUCUGACGUUCCGCAAAAUCAGACAUAUACCAUGCAACUGUGCCUAUCCAUCUGUAUGUGAUAGCCAGCAGCCGCCUUCUCCACCGACUGUGCCUGUUGCUGAAGGCGAUGCGUGUUAUUUGGAGGAGCAGUAUGUUCAUCAGGUCUAUGAAGAGAUUUCCUCCCACUUCAGCAGCACACGACACUCACCGUGGCCCCACGUGCGAGAUUUUCUACUGUCGCUGCCGCCUGGAAGUGUUCUGGCAGACAUUGGAUGCGGCAAUGGCAAAUACCUGGGCAUCAACCCUGAAGUUAUAUCAGUGGGCUGUGACCGCAGUGCUAAUCUAGUGCAGAUCUGCGUUGAGCGGGGUUAUGAGGCAUUGGUGUCAGAUGCGCUGUCUGUCCCCCUGCGCAGUGGCAGCUGUGAUGCCUGCAUCUCUAUUGCAGUCAUACAUCAUUUCUCAACACAGGAGAGAAGACAGGCUGCUGUCAGAGAGCUGGUUCGGUUGUUAAAGGUGGGAGGAAGAGCUCUGAUCUACGUUUGGGCCAUGGAGCAGGAAUACAACAAGCAGAAAUCAAAAUAUCUGAAAGAAAGAACAACUGGAGCUAGUGUGGAGAGAAGCGGUGAGCUUAAAACAGAAGAGAACAUGUUCAACCAACAGGAGGAGCAUGAUAGGAAAAUUAGAUCAGACAUGAAAUGCACAGAGGAGCAGAAUGUGACACAGCCCAGAAUCCACAUCCACACUAACCGCACAGCUUUCCUCUCCCAAGACCUCCUGGUGCCAUGGCACUUCAAAUGUAAUGCGGAUAAGAACAAGGGAGCACGGAGUGGAAGCACAAAGGGCCCCUUGGAGAACACGAGUGAGGGGCCUGUAUUUCACCGCUAUUAUCAUGUCUUCCAGCAGGGAGAGCUAGAAGAGAUGUGCUGUUGUGUGACAGGUGUUAAAGUGCUUAGGAGCUACCAUGAUCAGGGUAACUGGUGUGUGGAACUGGAGAAGACACAUUGUAACUCUUCAUAGAAUAAUAUUCCACAGAAAAAAUCAAUUCUAGGUUAUUGAAUAAAUGCAAUUUUUAAAAUAAAAUGUUCAUGCAUGCAGUGACAGCUAAUAAAACACUGAAGAAUCAUUA